AUGAAAUCAAUCAAGAGAAGAUUCCUAAAGAAAUUGAGUUUCAUUAAACCCAGUGAAACAAGACAAGACGAUGAGGAGGAUACUGCUUCUGUUGUAUUUACCGUUGUGGUGUCCAAUAGUCAAGUGCUUCGAAGAUUGACUUUUCAGCGUGGAAAUUUGGGUCUUGCUCUUCAUACCAUGACCAGACACCAAAUUGUUGGUAAAGGGUCAGUGCCCUCUGAUGAAAGGGUUACUUGGGACACCACGUAUCCCCCACAAUCCGUGCAGUGA